AUGGACGACACCAAAAAAUACCUCUCCGAUCGGCUCCUGAGUGAGGAGGUGCCGGUGACAUAUCGUCUGCUAAGCAGAGCGCUCAACCUUCGGGUGAAUGUUGCUAAACAAAAACUACAUGAAUUUUAUGAGAGCCAGAAUGCUUCCAAAGCAAAUUCUAUUCAUGCUACCUACCUGAUUUAUGGAUCCAAAACGGAAGACCGAGAGCCAGAGACUGGCGAUGCUGACAUGGACGGCUCAGCACCUGAACCCGAACCUCUCUCUGACUAUGCACCCACCAGAACGGUCACCAUAGUAGCGGAAGAAGGCUUAAAAGAUGCGUUGGCCGAAUAUGAACAAGUCACAUCGAUGCAUGUUUACAGCCUGUCCCCCUUCCCUCAGAGAGACUUGGUGCAGCUAUCUGACGUCUCAAAGUCACUGUCUGAGUAUAGAAAGGUUGAAGAUGCUGCGAAAAUGCUGGAAACAUAUGGAUUAAUCGCGAAUCCCAAAGCCCGCAAGAAGGACCGCAAGGGCCGCACUCCAGUUUCAGUCCCGGUCUCUGUCCCAAGCGCACCUAAAGCUGCCAAGCAGGAGGCACAAUCGGCUACGCCCAAACCUAGUCAAGCGGAAAAGGUCAAACAAGAGACUAGAGAAGCCCCAUCUGCCGAUUCUACCCCAUCAUCGAGUGCUGGGAAGAAACCUCCUGCGUCGCUAAAAAGAGGUUCUUCUGGAGGCAUUAUGCAGUCCUUCGCUAGGGCGGCGGCGAAACCUCCCAAGCCAAAGCCUGAAACGAAGCCCAAGGAUGAAGAUACCAGCAUGGCAUUAUCCGACGAUGGUGAAGCUGACGAAGAGGAUCUGCCUGGCUCCAAGUCAAUAGACAUGGAAGCAUUGAAACGGACAAGAAAGGAGCGUGAAGAGCAGCUCCUACGUAUGAUGGAAGAUCCAGAAGAUGAAGCAGAGGGAAAAGAAGAGGCCAAGAAGGGAGAUGAGCAAUCAGAUGAGGAAAUGGAAGAGGCCUCUGAGCCGGAGCCUGAAGCAGAGCCUGAACCUGAACAGCCUAAAGAGGAUAAAGAGCCUGCAGAAGUGAUAUCGAAUUCCAGUAAUGGCCGCCGGAGAGGCAAGCGGCGAGUUAUGAAGAAGAAGCGCAUAUUGGAUGAUCAGGGAUAUAUGGUAACUAUCCAGGAGGCUGCAUGGGAGUCCUUCUCUGAAGAUGAAGCUCCUCCACCAGCCACCAAGCCGACGCCUACGGCAACACCCGCCUCAUCAACACAGAAAUCAAAGAAGGCAGCGCCCGCCGCGAAGAGUGGGAGUCAAGGCAACAUCAUGUCAUUCUUCUCAAAGAAGUGA